AAACCUAAUCUUGUAUAGCGAGAUAGAUGGCUCUUUGAGCCGUCAGCGAUUUGAGUGGAAAAUAUCAAGUAAGAUUGCUUCAUUCACAUAGAGCUCCGGUGACCGGCGAAUUCCUCUAUGUUCAGUCGGAAACAUCGACGUCCGACGAUUGUUUCCGUAUAAGCUUUCACAGAAGUCGGGAGUUCUAGCGUUUGAUUCUCAGUGUAAAAUAGGAAGACGGUGCAGAACAGAAAUCACAAGUUUCGGUAUCAAUGGCAUCAAUAAACUUUGGCCCAUUUGGUGAAAACUGGUUCAAGAAACCCCCAAAUCCUUUUGCACCUUUAAACCUUCUUUCAUUAACCCAAUCACUGAAUAUCUCAAAACCAUCAAAAUCAUCAAGCUUUUUCGCAUCGAUCAGUAAUUCAAACACCUCCUCAAAUGGACCAAAAGAUGAACCUGAAAAACUUGGCGUGUAUAGGCAAAUGCUUGAACAAUUCUAUAUGGAAUGUGAGGAGCUUCCAGAUCUCCGUCAUGCCCCUGAGGUUGAUAAAAUCCUGGAGGAGCAGGAUUCUAUAUUUGAGAAGAAAGAAAAUCCAACUAAAGAAGAAGUGGAGGAAAACGAGAAAUGGUGGAAUGAUUUUCGGAGCAAUCCAGUUAUUAAAUUCCUGGAAAGGGCUGAAUAUAUUACUGAUAAGAUCAAUGAAAUGGAGUUGAAGGAGAAUGAGAAACCAUAUAGAAGAGAGGAUGCUAAGCUGUGGAAGGAUUUACCGCAUGUGAUUGGACUAGAUGGCAGGCCAAUGCCAAGAAAGGCAAUAAAAACGAGGAAGGAAUCGAAUGAUAAAUUCUGGGAUUUCACUAAACAGUUCUUCUUUGGCCUUUGGGGAUUCCGGCAACGCCCUUAUCCUCCUGGCAGGCCCAUUGAUGUCACCCAAGCUAUUGGAUACAAGAGGCUUGAGAAUAGAUACUAUGAUUUUGCCAUGAAACCCGGAUCAUGGUUCUAUAAGGAUCGGAUUGGCAGGACAAGAGGACCGAUGGAGCUAAUACAACUAAAGACUGCUUUUGGUGCUGGGAUAAUUGAUGAACACACAUUUGUUUGGGGUGAGGACAUGGACGAAUGGGCACCGAUCGGUAUGAUUUAUGGCUUAGACCGUGCAAUUAUCACUUGGGAAGUUAAGCUAGCUGCUAAGGCCACUGCUUUCCUUCACAAACUGCAAAAAGGAAUACCCCCAUGGGUCCCGCUCAAGGGACAAGAGAAAAAAACCUACAAGCAAAUGCAAGAUGAAGCUAUAGAAAGUAAGAGGCGUGAUUUGGCAGUGUUGGAUGCGAAUGAUGGUUAUUGGCCGGGUGUAAGAACUCCGAGCCAUGCCUUGUUUCUAUGGGCUAGUGGCACCGAGCUAACAUCGGUUUUGGAAGCUGAUCAUAUGCCAAACAAAUAUAUACCCAAACAUCUUAGGCAGGAGUUGAUUAAAAUGAUUCCUGGACUGAGACCAUGGGAGGUGUUAAGUGUUGAACAAGCUAUGGAUCAGCUAACUUAUGGAGGUCAAUGGUUUCGCGAACCUCUUGGAACAUUUACAACUGGUCCUCCCUACAUCGAAGAAUGGAAUGCCGAUGUUAUGGCAUUAUUCAACAUAUAUUACGAUUUGAGUGUGAAAGUAUACAACCACCUUGAGAAGAGAAUACCAGGUUUCAAUGUUGUAAUGGAUAAAGUCAAUGCUGAUACUGAAGCUAGGAAUGCCAGAAGAAGGAGACGGAGAGAAAAAGAUCAAGCGUGGCGGGCUGGAGGAAAAAAUGACGAUGACAACGAAUGAAUCCUUUCGUGUUGUUUAUUGUGAUAUGACAAUCCAUUUUGUCGAAUCAAUGAAAUUUAGCUGGAUAUAAACUAUGGUUGUCAUGAAUCCUUUCGUGUUGUUUAUUGGGAUAUAACAAUCCAUUUUGUGGAAUCAAUGAAAUUUAGCUGGAUACAAACUA